AGCCUCCCCGUCGUCUCCGGGCUGGUGCCGUUUCCGCAGGCAGGCGCAACCAGCGAAAUCCGUGCCCGGCGAUGGGAUGCAGUGCCGCUGACAUGAGCAUGGAGCCAGACAGACGGCGUCACGUUGAGGCAGAACAGCUCCUUCGUCGCAAACGCCGUGUCUCAGAAAUCGAGCACAAGAUCGGAGACAAGCCUGCAGUGCGCCUGCUACACCAGCCCUCGGAUCGGGCCCAGGUGUCUACAUACAGAUCAACCCGAAAAAAAUGACACAUCGCGCCAACCAUGAGACCGGAGACCUAUUUUUGAAAUCGAGUCUCUCGGAACCCGCCGAAAUAUCUGAACAUGCUCGCCGUCCGAGAGGCAGGUCAUUGCGCCGCGAACCCGCAAGCGCCGGCGCCGAUCCUGCGGGCCGCAGUGGCUCCGUCCCUCAUGUCGCGUUUCACGCAGCCACAGACCCCGCGCUCACACAUGUCAGAGCAGCAGAACUUCUUCCUUUUACAAUCCUACGGUUUCCUAUCCGAGCCACUAGAACAUGUCUACAAUACCACUCCGUCUCUGCUACAUGUCGCGGGCGAUGGUAUCAGCCCCUUGCCUGGCAUCGCGGGAUGUUGAGAGCAUUGAUGUUGAACCCCUGGCCAGAGACGAGAUGUUCUAUCAUUGAACCUUCUGUUCCCCACUCCUGUUUCUCAACGUUGGCGAACCCGGCCGAGACCCGGCUUAGGUGGUCUACAAGCGCAUACUUGCAAACACUUUCAGAGCACGCCUGGCAGGUUCACGUCCUCUAUGAAACUCCAGGUAUAACCCAUCAGUCACUCGGAUGUUACCAGGCUGGCCUGCGCAUGGCAACCCUUGGAUGGAGCAUCCACGCACGACUGGAGCUGUAUUUCCUGGCUGAAAUUGUUCAACGCUGUCCAGCCUGUUCUUGCUAAGCACGCUGCGGAUGACAGCCCAGGGACUAUGCCAUUGUAUAGUUCGCCGGUUGAAUUCCUAUUAGUUGUACUUCUGGAAGCCCUGUGAAUCAUGAGUUAUCAAUGUACUCCUCGUCUAUCCGUCGCUCACUCAUGGAAUCAAGGUUACCUUAAGAGACUCGACUGACAAGGUACCUUAACUGAUUUGUCAGGACUCAACGGUGACCCAACG